CACUCGAGGGGUUUGGCACCAGCACCCCGCCCAGAGCAGCGCCGCUGCCCAAAUCCUUGCAGGCUGCUCAUCCACGCAAUUGCGACUUCGGCAGGAGCCCGGGACCUGCAAUCCCGGGUGUCCGUGGGUCCGUCUGCCUGGCCAUCUGCUGGUGGCUCCCUCUCCCUCCUGCCGCCUCCUCAGACCCCCACCUUGCAGAAGUGCAGCUGCCCUGAGGGAGCUCAGCAUGCAUCCUCCGGGCAUCAGGAACUUCUUGCUGCUGGUGUCCUCCCUUCUCUUCGCUGGGUUGUCAGCUGUUCCCCAGAGCUUCUCCCCAUCUCUGAGAAGCUGGUCAGGCGCCCCCUGCAGGCUGUCCCGGGCCGAGUCGGAGCGCAGGUGCCGCGCACCUGGGCAGCCCCCAGGGGGCGCCCUAUGCCACGGCCGGGGUCGGUGCGACUGCGGGGUUUGCAUCUGUCACGUGACGGAGCCGGGCACCUACUUCGGGCCCCUGUGUGAGUGCCACGAGUGGGUGUGCGAGACCUACGACGGGAACACCUGCGCAGGUCAUGGCACUUGUGACUGUGGCAAGUGCAAAUGUGACAUAGGAUGGUUUGGGGAUGCUUGCCAGUACCCGAUGAACUGUGACCUGACCAAGAAAAAAAGCAACCAAAUGUGCAAGAAUUCUCAAGAUAUUAUCUGCUCUAAUGCAGGUACAUGUCACUGUGGCAGGUGUAAGUGUGAUAAUUCAGAUGGAAAUGGACUCAUUUAUGGUAAAUUUUGUGAAUGUGAUGAUAGAGAAUGUAUAGAUGAUGAAACAGAAGAAAUAUGUGGAGGCCAUGGGAAGUGUUACUGUGGAAACUGUUACUGCGAGGCUGGUUGGCAUGGAGAUAAAUGUGAAUUCCAGUGCGACAUCACGCCCUGGGACAGCAAGCGGCGAUGCACCUCUCCAGACGGCCGGAUCUGCAGCAACAGAGGGACUUGUGUGUGCGGUGAAUGUUCUUGUCAUGAUGUUGAUCCGACUGGUGACUGGGGAGAUAUUCAUGGGGACACAUGUGAGUGUGACGAAAGGGACUGCAGAGCUGUCUAUGACCGAUAUUCUGAUGACUUCUGUUCAGGUCAUGGGCAGUGCAAUUGUGGAAGAUGUGAUUGCAAAGCAGGCUGGUAUGGGAAGAAGUGUGAGCACCCACGCUCUUGCCCGCUAUCCUCUGAGGAGAGCAUCAAGAAGUGUCAGGGAAGUGCUGAUCUGCCCUGCUCUGGAAGGGGUAAAUGCGAAUGUGGAGCGUGCACUUGCUACCCUCCGGGCGACGGCAGGGUGUACGGCAAGGUCUGCGAGUGCGACGACCGGCGCUGUGAGGACCUGGACGGCGUGGUCUGCGGAGGCCGCGGCACAUGUUCCUGUGGUCAUUGCGUUUGUGAGAGAGGAUGGUUUGGCAAACUCUGCCAACAUCCACGGAAGUGCAACAUGACAGAAGAACAAAGCAAGAGUCUGUGUGAAUCAGCAGAUGGCAUACUGUGCUCGGGGAAGGGUUCUUGUCAUUGUGGGAAGUGCAUUUGUUCUGCCGAAGAGUGGUUUAUUUCAGGGGAAUUCUGCGACUGUGAUGACAGAGACUGUGACAAGCAUGAUGGUCUCAUUUGCACAGGAAAUGGAAUAUGUAGCUGUGGAAACUGUGAAUGCUGGGAUGGAUGGAAUGGAAAUGCAUGUGAAAUCUGGCUUGGCACCGAAUAUCCUUAAUGAUUCCAUGGGAGAGGACUGGAUUCUUAUUUUUCUGGAUCACUUUAGAACAUAGAAAAGCAGAGGAAACCAUGUGUAAUCGCCACUAGGACAGAUUUGACAGACUAUUGUAUGUUUUUUCUAUUUCUGACUGAAUGAAAACUGGGUACCCAUUAGAAAUGAGUUAAGCAAAUUAUAUUGUAAAUGACAUUAUAAAGAAUUUUUCUUCUGUAACUAACAUCGUUAGUUCUCAAUGAGGGCAACUUUGCCACUCAGAAGACAUUUGGUCAUGUCUACAGAAAAUUUUGAUUGUCACACUGGGUGGAGUAGGGGGGUGUACUACAGGCACCUAGUAGGUAGAGAUGCUAAACACCCCACAAUUCAUAGGACAGCCCCCACAACAAAUAAUUUUCUGACUCCGGUCAUUGGUGCUGGAGUAGAAAAGUACUAGAUUGCAUGUUUUUUAGAAAUCUAAUUCCUGCACCAGCAAUAUCAUAUUAGAAUCCAAGGAAAAGAGCCAUUUUCACAUAAAUUCACCAGAUUUUUCUAGGAUUACAAA